CUCUACAAUUGUCUCAACGUAAUGGGCCGCCUUUUGUUGGUUGUUAAACUCAAAAGUAUCAACUGUAGAGGCUGCAACAAAGGGAUCACACAUACACAAUCAUCAUUCAAACUCUUUUACCUACUUAAACAAUGUGCUUGUUUGUAGGUUGUACAUGGGUCAAAGGACAUAGUUUGGUUUUUCUCGGCCUAUUAAUACGAAGAAAGGAGAAACUGGGCAGUUUUUGCUUAACCAUUUCCCUCCACCUCCCACUCCGAAUUGAUAAGCAUACCGGUGUCAGCUGUCACUAAAAGAAAAGGAAGAUGCCGCAAGCCAGAAACUCUCCCAAACCCAAAAGAGCCAUUCGAGAGGCAGUGCUUAGACUUUCUAACACCUUUGUGUUCCGCGAUGCAGCCGCAGGAAAUGCGACGGUAAGAAAAACAGCCAAAAAGCGCGAUACACCAGGUAAGCAUACCACCAAGCCAGUCGCUGGUCAUAAAAAAAGAGGCUCGAACCCCUCAACUGCGGAGAAGCUCUCAAAACGUCCUCGGCUGAACAAGAAAAACAGCAGCGACGCAUAUAAGUCAAGCUUGAAGGCCACGGUUGAAUCAUACUCGUUGCCGAGAAGAUCAGCUCGUAUUCAAGAGCUGUCAGUGCAGAAUUUAGACUUAUCUGUGCCCGUGUCAUCUCCUACAGCGGUAACUGAAGAUGAGAAUGUUCUCCAACAUCUUGCUUUCGAAAGUCUGAGUCUCGCCUCAUCGAUGAUCAGUAAGAACGAGAUAGUCCAAGGAUCUACAGGGGCUAUUCCUACGAUCGUGGUGACCGAAGCAGAUGAAGAUGUAUCUCGGGAAGUGUCGGCGCCGGUAUACCAGCAGAGCGAAGCUUUGAGAACCCGCAAUGCGCAGAGUAAACCUUUGGAGCGAUCAUUCAAGUCGCCAACGUAUUUGGCGCCACCAUCGAUCCCCUCAUUCACAUUCUCUUGUAAGCCGACUGCCCCUUUCACCGCGUUCAAACGCUGCCCACCACCUCCUUCCGCUCUCCCAUCGUUUUCAAUGUUUCGAGAAUUCUCAACUCUAGCCCUGCCGCGUGAUUCCGCUGUAAGCACUCCCAUUCUUCCCGGUCCCCCAUUGCCCGUACCGCCUACCCUACCUUCGUUCAACGAGCUAGUAGAAUCAAUAGAGCGUGCUCCAAGUCGCCGCACAUUUGUGGUCACAUAGUAAGCAGUUCUCUCAAUUACCUUCUCUCCGGUAGCAGGCUCUAAAGGCUUAUUUUUAAAAUGGGGUUCUACUCAUCGCGACGAGUUAUAGCAUUGUUCGAUAUAGAAGAAGCAGUGGAGAAAAUCUG